AUGUCAUUGUGUCCAAUAGAAUUUGGUGGCGCAGUGGGCGGUGCUGUCGGUGAUGUAGCAGGUGGAGUUGUAGGGUAUGUGGCAAUGCCUACGCCGUUAGGAGUAGCUGGUGGUGGUGCCGCAGGUACUGUUGCUGGCUACGUUGCUUCUGGGGUAGUUUAUGAUGAUAAGACGGGUAAAAUAUCAGUGACCGAAUUUCGAAAGUUGUUCUUUGCUGAUGAAUUUCUUCAAAAUUUUCGUAGUACAACAUUCGAUACUUAUAUUGCUGAAUUGGGUAAUAAUACAGGAUGGAUUACAUUUGAACAAUUCAAACAGUUUAUGCAAACGAAAACAUCUAUAUAUAAGAAUCCUCUGGUUAUUAUAGAACUCAAAAAAGUAUUCAACGAGGUCGAUACUAAUAAAGAUGGUCUUAUAUCACCACAAGAAGCGCGUCAAGGUAUUACUUUAGCUCGUCAACGUAUAUCUGGAUGUAGUUUUGACCAUAUUAUUCAAAUGUUUGACGAUAAUCACGACGGACAAAUGUCACUCGAAGAAUUUUUAAAUAAUGUUCAGAAAUUAGAUUACAAAUAA